AUGGAGAAAUUUCACCACCUCUCCCCACUUGGACUUGUGUUGCUAUGUUUUCUUUCAGCUUCCUUCGCCAUGUUCCCGACCAAUAUUACCACUGAUCAGUCAUCUCUUCUUGCCUUGAGAGCUCACAUUUCGGUUGACCCUCUACAAAUCUUGGCCAAAAACUGGUCUGUUGGCUCUUCGGUCUGCGAUUGGAUUGGAGUCUCUUGUGGCUCUCGUCAUCGUAGAGUGACUGCCUUGGACAUUUCAAACAUGAAUCUUUCCGGCACCUUACCUCCACAACUGGGAAAUCUAUCAUUUCUUGUUUCUAUUGACAUGAGUGCGAACAACUUCCAUGGAGAACUACCACAUGAGUUUGUUGGAUUGCGCCGAUUAAAACUACUUAAUUUGAGCUUCAACAAUCUUGAAGGAGAGUUCCCCCCGUGGAUUGGUUCAUUUCCUCAACUUCAUCGCCUGUUUCUUAGAAAUAAUAGUUUCACUGGUCUUAUCCCAUCUUCCAUCUCUAACUUGUCAAAGCUAGAAAGCAUAAGUCUUUCGUUCAACCGUCUACAAGGAAACAUUCCUAUAGGGAUUUUCAAUCUUUCCUCCCUGCAAAUGAUUAGCCUGACGGGUAAUGGCCUAUCCGGAGUUCUUCCAAGUGACAUGUGUUACCAUCUUCCUGGACUGAAUUUUCUUGGCCUAUCAUUUAACAAGUUAAAUGGUCAAUUACCAUCAAGUAAUUUAGCUCAAUGUUCAGAACUUGGGGUGCUGUCUUUGUCUCACAAUGAAUUUGGAGGUUCCAUACCAAAAGAAAUUGGAGCACUGAAGAAGCUUGAGUUCCUAUAUUUGGGUUACAACUAUUUAGAAGGCCAAAUUCCAAAAGAGAUUGGUAAUUCAACUAUGAUUAAAAUACAAAGUUUUGAAUUCAACAACUUAAUAGGUGUAAUACCAAUAGAGAUCUUCAACCUCUCAAAGUUGAUUGUUAUGUCACUGUCACUAAAUCAACUUUCAGGCAAUCUUCCAUCCACAUUCGGUUAUAGGUUUCCCAAUCUAGAAGAGCUUUAUCUCGACUUAAAUUACUUUUCUGGAGCAUUACCUAGUUCAAUCUCAAAUUCUUCUAAACUUCGUAGAGUAGAUUUUAGUUAUAACAAGUUCACGGGUCCAAUUCCUACUUCCCUAGGGGACCUAAGUCUCAUGGAACUGCUGAAUCUAUCCAACAACAGUUUAACGAGCGAUUCCUCAUCUCAAGAGUUGAGUUUCAUCACUUCAUUGACAAAAUGCCAAUAUUUGUCAAUAUUGGACUUGAAUGACAAUCCAUUGAAUGGGAUAAUUCCAAACUCGAUCAGUAACCUUUCAACUUCCCUUGAAAGAUUAUAUGCAGCAGGUUGCAAAAUCAAGGGCACCAUUCCAGAUGGAAUAGGAAACUUCAGAAAUUUGAUCCUAUUAGAUCUAUCAAACAACGAGUUAAGUGGGUCAUUGCCAGCUACGAUAAUAGAUUUACAAAAGCUUCAAUACAUGGAUCUCAGUAUGAACAAACUAAUUAGCAGAGUCCCCCUGCAUUUGCUCUGUGCUCUCCACAACUUGGAUACAAUGAACCUUGGACAAAAUAAAUUUAUGGCCUCGAUUCCAAAGUGCUUCGGAAAUCUUACUUCCCUGAGGCAUCUCAACCUAGGUCACAACAGACUAUAUUCUGCUCCACCUGAGGAAAUAUGGAACCUAAAAGAUCUCUUGGAGCUUGACCUCUCCUCAAAUCUGCUGAGUGGAUCUUUGUCAUAUGCAGAACCUGCAAAAUCUUUCUCUAGCACACAAUAG